AUGGCUCUGGCGCUCGCCCCCACGGUUUGGGUCCUUCCGGCCAUGUACCGGAUGAUCUUCCAGAACUCCAUGAGGCACACGACAGCCUCAGUCUUCACGGUGAUCCUCUACUUGGUGCUGUCGUUCAUGCCCGUGCCCUGCUUUGAGAACCUCUUCUCGGAGCUCGCAUUCUACGGUAUCGCCCUGGUGUCCACGUUCUUCAUGUACACCUUCUUCCCGGAGGUGUUGCUGCAUGACUUCAUGUUCAUGCACUACCUGGCCCUCUUCACCAUCCCACUCAUCCCUUUGGCAUUCGCCUACAUGCCCAUGUUUGCGGCCAGGAGUCACGCUGCUUAG